AUGGAUAACAACUACCGUGAGCCCAUCAGCCCAGUUGAACGCCUGGCGAUUUGUCUCCGAUUCUUGGCGACAGGGGACUCCUACAGGACCAUCGGAGUUGGACGGUCCACAGUGGCAGGCAUUGUCGCCUCUGAGGCACAAGCCAUCUGGUACUGUCUGGUUGGUGAAUACAUUCCUGUCCCCAAGGAGGAAGCCUGGAGGGCCAUUGCUGCCGAGUUCCUGGAGAGGUGGAAUUUCCCCAACUGUUUUGGAUCCAUUGACGGAAAUAGUAGUAAUCCGGGCUCCACCGUGCUUGGUAACUUCCAGUCGUCAGCCAUGUUCGAGAGCUCUGAGUCGGCAGCCGCCGAGGGAGUCAGCACAGACAGCACCCUGGGAUCCCCCGUCACCGCCUGCAAGAAGGUGCUGUGCAGUAGCAGUGUGCUGGACUCGUCAGAGUACUGGCUGAGGAAUGAGAAGGCACUGUGCAGGCUGGGCCUUCUGGAGGAUGACGCUGAGGGGAGAUACAACACGGUCUGCUUUGUGAAUCUGGACCAGCAGAAGGUGGAUCGUCACGACAACAGCUGCGUCAAGAAACUGGCCUCAAUCUCUCCAGACCUGCCCAAGCUGGUCGACUCUCUGAGCGUGCGACAGCCCAAGGUGAACGAGAUCCUGCUGCUCGGCGGUUUGGAGACUCCGGACCCCUCUCACCCUCAUCAGUACCCCACCCAAACACAGAGGGGUACAGAUGUGUGCCUGGUCCAGUGUGCUGGGGGCCGGCGGCCCACCAGCAUCAUCUAUGAGAUCAACAAGUUCCUAAUCGGGCUACAGUGGGGUCAGGAGAGGCAGGGGUCCCAGGGGAUGAUGAUGGCAGGGCAGAGGCUGGAUGAUGACACCAACCGCUCUUUCUCAUCCAUAGAGGAGGACUUCCUCACUGCCUCAGAACACCUGGGGGAUGACAGCGAGGAUGACGGCUUACGAAACGAGCCAGAGUGCAGUGAUGUGGCAGAGGACUUGUCAGAUGUAGCACACAGCGACAGACCAGUGUGUCAGAGGGGACACCUGGGCCAGCACCAGUGGCAGGACAGCGAGGACUCCGAGGUGACCAUCUGCGCCCCCCCAGCCACCAAGAAACGAGGAGGAAGGGCACCGGCGAGAGCUAGCAGUCAUCACACCAAGGAGUCGGCUGGCCACUACGCCACCAACCUGGCCGAGUCGGUACUGCAGGACGCCUUCAUCCGCCUGUCUCAGGACGAACCUUCCUUCGCUCCUGAGGCCGCUGUGAGCAUGUCCACCGGCAGCCACCACCCCCCCACCGGCCUCGCCUGGACAGGAGCAGAGGAGCCCUGUCGGGCACGCGCCUGCUCUUUCGAGCUCCCCAAGAUCGUCAUAGUGCAAAGCCCGGAUAGCUGUGAGGGCCUGCCAGAGUGGCUGGGUACUCAAGCCUCUCACGUGGCUCUGGAGCAUGGUGUUGGUGGUGAUGGUGGUACUGCCAGGCAGGUACCGGCGAAACACGGACCAGAGACCCAUGACUUCCUCCCUACCACCACUACCACUGGACGCCACCCCACCAAACCCCUGCAGCGAGCCCUGGCAUGCGCUGCCAGUGUCAUCGGCACCAUCUCCAGCCCACAGGUAGCAGAGCAGCUGGCAAUGGAGCCAACAGAGGAUGACAUGGAGAGAGAGGGACAGAGUGACCCUGAGGGCACUGACUACUCCUUCUCCUCAGCCAUGUGCGGGAUGGCCCAGGUGGCGGGGGCGGUGGCUGUGGUGGAGCUAACUGAAGAGACCGGGGAGGUGGUCUGCGAGUCAGAAGACGACUCCACCACCGAGGUCUACUCGGCCGCCUCCGUGGGGCUCCUGUCUGCAGCGCAGGCCUCCACAGCUAUCACCCUCCACUGCAGCGUGGCUGAGGGGACCAGCAUUGAGGCCUUCCGCACCAGCAUUGCUGAAGUUCUUCACAAGGAGGCAGCAGGGGUGCUGGCUCAGCCCCAGGACUACAAGAGUGUGGCCCAUCUACUGGAGUCCACCCACAACAGGAUUGUAGACGGCAUCACUUCUCCCAAAAAGUCAUGUCUGGACACGAUGGACGAGACGGAGGUGGACAAUUUCAUCAGCGAAGUGGCCGACGGCCUCUUCAAACACGCGUUCGAGAAAGCGAAAAAGAAAAAAGAACUGGAAGGCCCGGGCAAAGACGUCACUGAUAUCCAGGGCUUUCUGCAGGAGAGCGUGAGCAAUGUGCUCUUUGACAUCCUUUGUCUCACUUCAAAGCGGAUCGGUGACAUUUCCAAAUGUGAUAUAGGGUCGUUUGACAGACAAGAGGGUGAUGUCGGCUUCAGGGACUACGAGGCGGCCGCCACCACCAAGGAACCAUUAAGCCAAUUACAGUGCUUCGUUGGCUCCAGCCAGCCCGAUAAUUGUGAAGCCCAAUGGGCAGAUAAGACACCCGUCUACUCAGGGAUGAGGGAGGAGAAAUAUGGACUGGAGGAGAGGGAGAGUGAACCUUAUGAACAAGCUCCGACUAAAGUCUCGUCCUCUAUUAAGGACUGCUAUGACCUCCAGGGCCAGCAGGCCAGAGGAAACAUCAGAGAACCUUUUCCAGAGAGCUUAGCCCACCAGGUCUCUUCAUCACUGGGAACAGAGAAAAGAUGGAUAGCCAGUACAGACAGCAGACAGUCUUCACUGACCCCUCAGUCCCCUUUUAGCUCCUCCUCCACAGGGGCCAUGGUCUGCCUAAAGAUGGACUCAGAGUCCAGAACUACCCCCGUCAACUACUUUGCUGAUGAUCUGGCCACCACCGUGGUCUCCAUGGCCACUGAGCUGGCCGCCAUCUGCCUGGAGAACUCCAGCGGGAAGCAGCCGUGGUUCUGUGCCCUGAAGGGUGCAGCCGGCUACUACCCCGAGGGGAGCUACCUGCUGCCCUCCUGUUGCACGGCCCUCCGCAGAAAGGAGGGCCAGAAUGGUGGUGUGGCAUCCAAAAAGCACCGGCCACCGCGCCUCAGUGAGAUCAAGAGGAAGACUGAGGAGCAGCCCGAGUUGAUGGAGUGCCUGGUCAACCGCGUGGUGGACGAAACGGUCAACCUGGAUGACAUGCCCCAGACUCUUGAUCCCUUCGCGCUCUUUGCCUCCGAGGUCACCGCCCACAUCAUGAACUGCCCCGAGCUCAAUGUGGUUGACACUUCCAAGCCCGGCCAGCAGACCCGCAGCCGGCUGCAGUGUGAGCGGUGGAGCCGAGGCAAGGCCGCCAGCUAUGAAAGCAUCCCAGAGGAGGACGCAGGCCCCCCGGGUACCCCCAACACCCUAGGCCCCGGCAGCCGGCUGGGCCAGAACCUGAGCAGGGGAGGCUCCAUCUCCAAGCAGUCCAGCUGCGAGAGCAUCACUGACGAGUUCUCCCGCUUCAUGGUGAACCAGAUGGAGAUGGAGGGCCGGGGCUUCGACCUGCUCCUGGACUACUACGCCGGGCAGAACGCCAGCAGCAUCCUGGCAGCAGCCGUGCAGCAGGCGGCCACCAAGAAGAACGGCCACCUCAAUGUGAGGACCACCUCCUGUCUGUCGAAGCAGUCCAGUACGGAGAGCAUCACUGAGGAGUUCUACAGGUUCAUGCUCAAAGACAUGGACAAGGAGAGCAAAGACUACAAUAUGGGCAGAACUAAAGAGUGGAGCAACAGCCUAUUGCCUCCAUCUCCCAGAACCCUCUUCUGUAUCCGUCAGUCCUCCGUGCCGGACAGACGUUUCUCAGACUCCAGGCUGACCGUCAACUCACCCAUCAAGGCCAACUCCUUUGACGGCUUUGUCCGCAAUGUGCACGGGGACACGCUCAACAUCUACCCCACCAACUCAGUACAGGUGUCUGCCACGGGCCUGUGCAAGUCUGACUCCUGUCUGUACCAGAGGGGACAGACAGACCAGAUCACUGACAUGCUGAUCCACGAGACCUGGUCCAGCUCCAUUGAGUCCCUGAUGCGGAAGAACAAGAUCAUUGCGGACCCAGAGGACAGCAUUGACCUGGUGGAUGCAGAGUCCCAGACCCAAGUGCUGCAAUAUGCCAACCACCUGGCCGCAGACAUCGUGGAAACCGGGAAGUCUGUCCUGCAGGAAGGGGAUUGGGCCGGAGGAGGUGGCAUGGUGGGGCGACAGCAACACAUGCCCGUGGGGGAGAGGAGGAGGGGCUUCAAACAGUCCCGCCCUGGCUGCACUCGGAGCAGAGCCAGUCAGGAGCAACCAGGAGGGGGCGGAGACAGCACAUGUACAGCAGCGGGGCCCCCCAUAAAGGGACCCAGGGAGGUCCCUGUACCGGUGAUCCACAUCGAGACAGAUCAAAGGGACGAUCCAGAGUCUGGGGACCCGGUGGAAAGGGCCGGGCGCCACCCCUGGGACCCAACGCCCCCUGAGGGGACAGCCCAGUGGCGUGCUGAGAGGGCCUCGGUGAGGAGCAGCAGCUGUGAGAGAGACAGGACGGCAGUGCCCUCUGCGGCCGCUGCAGUACCCACUGUAGGUGAGCAAAACAAGCGCUCUCUGAGUGCUAGCAGUGAGGACAGUUCAGGAAGCUGGUCCCAGAUCGCCCCCGACGACGACCCCCACGAGGAGACCAGUAGUUUUAUCCAGCUGAGCGAGGGGAACGGGAACAGCAGCACUUCUAGCCUGGGUCUGGCAGACCUGGAGGGCUUCUCUGACAUCCCCACUCAGAGCACAGUAAACAGUGAGGAGGCAGAGAAGGGUUACCUAAGGGAGAGCAAGGAGAACGUAGACGAGGGCAUCUCACUGCGGUCAGUAGUGGAAAGUAGCAGCCACAGGGAGCUUCUGGUGGUCAACUGUGACUUGGAUCCAGAGUGUGUGGACUCAGAGCUGCGCUUGGCCCUGCAGUGGAUCGCUGCCUCCGAGCUGGGCCUGCAUGCCGUCUACUUCAGGAAGUGUAAAGACAGGAGGACGUCGAAGUUCCAGAGGGUGUUGCAGCUGGUGUCUCAGAAGGCAUGGAGGAUCGGAGAUCUCUUCAACGCUGUCAUCCAGUUCUGUAAGCUCCACCAGGAAGAGGAGGGCGGAGGCAGCUCUCUAUCCAGCCUGUUUGACUGGCUACUGGAGACCCACUAG